AAUGUGAAAUCUAACCAGAGUAAGGUGUUGGGGGGUGCUUAACAGGUGCCAAACACUAGAAAGGGGUGCAUGCUGAAAAAAGUUUGGGAACCACUGGUGUACACAACCAUACUCCAUUUGUUCACCAUGAGUGUUCUCUACAGCAGGUUUUGUAAUAACGAAUGAGCUGCGGUCAGACCCUGCUGGACAAAGGUCUGUAACAGCACACUUGGCCGCCCACGAGUAGACAGAUCAACGCGAGUCCAUCUGCUUUAUUUUGCAAACCACUUCUCUUUCAUUCAACUUAUCUAUGGAAAUGUCCAGACGGCCCAAUACGGCGAGUGUCUAAUCAUGAUGUUGACAUCCUAAGAUCCAUACAAACAGCACAUUUGUGGCGCAGCGAUGAUUUCGAAAUGACUGAUACGGUGGCAGCCAAGUUUCCCCAUGACAGUUGGUGAUAGCAAACAGCCACCUAAAAGGGACAGUUAUUAAAAGCAGAGAUAUUAGACCCAGGCUCUGAUAAUGCCUUAAACAGCUGAAGGAAGGGUUACGGAUGUGGCGUAUUGACUACAGGGCUUGCGGUCGGAGUCCCUGGUCCUUGUACAGGCAGAGAAGGUUAUUAGGAAAGUGUGUUUGAUAUUUCAGACGUUUAUGGAUGUGUCUGGUUGACCAGGCCGAUCUCGGCGUAUGGCAGCAGGGGUGGGGGUUGGGGCGAUACAGCACCUGUACGUCUGUCAGAUGGAUGGCAGUGAAAGUCCUGAGGGACGACGAGCCCCUUGUUUUCACUAAGAGACUGACUGACCACCAACGCUGACAGACGCAGUCCCAAAAAGUUGGGAAAAAACCUUAAGAAAAGCAGCCUUUCGGCUUAAUAUUGCACCGCUGCUCAAGUGAUGCAAGCUUCUUUUUGACCCUAAUCGAAGAACAAAAAGAAAUGCGCCAUAGUAUACUGAUGCAUUCAGAGAUACUGAAGUGAUAGCUCACUCAAAAAAAAAAAAAGGACAAUUCUGUUUUCUUUUACUUGGUCCUAUCCUGUAGUUUUUUCUUCCUCUGCUGAACACAAAAGAUUAUGUUUUGAAGAAUGUUAGCAACCAAUCAGUUGAUGGUAGCCAUUGACUUCUAUAAGUAUAGUCAAUCGUUAACUGUUUGGCUACCAACUGUGCCUGGUUGAACUAUCUCAAAGGGUAAAGAUUUUGGUAAGCCUGUGGGAGAUUUGAAUACUCGGGGACAGCAAAUACACAAAGGUUGCAAAACAUUUUAUGGUUGCUGUGUACAUCUCUGACUCUCCUUUGCAAACCAGCAGGUCCUUGGUUGUAAAACACCUGAACAUUUCUGCAGUUUGCUUUGAGAAGCGAUGACUCACCCUCUCAAAACUGGUGCGUUUAUAACGUCAAUUAAUCUGUGAAGUUCUCCAGGGGCAAUUUAUGAAACCUAGCUUGAAAUUGAAAAACGUGGCCAUUUCAAAUUCAAUAACGUGUUUAGGUGCAUUAAGUAACUUGAUUUAUGAUUGCAUGCUGGCACAGAAUAUUUUCCAGCAGCAGUGCUGAUUUGACGCAGAGCGUUUAACACGAGUAGACGCUGGUUCUUGAUGGGCACCGGGCAGGAGAACUGCUUAAGAUGGGAUUUAUGGAAGCGGUUCCAUGGCUUUACCCACUCGGCACGGGCCACUGAGCGACAAGCCAUUUGCAGACGGAGCAGCCUGCGUCUCCUCCCCACAAAUGCAGGUUUGCAUUUCCCUCUAAUGGGAUCAUUUAUAAUCCCAGUAAACUCAAACUCCGCAGUGGAGCGCUGCCACAUCCACACUUUCCAUGAGGUCCAUCCAAACAGGCCAUGCGUCUGCAGCAGGAAUGCGUGCAGACGUGUUAGCGCACCGCAUCCCCGUGCGCGAAUGUGGGUGAGUGGCAGCUGUGCGCAGACCAUUAGGAUGCCGCUAACAUCCACCGCUAACAGCUCGCUGGAAAAAUCUAAAUUGGAAAAUGAUCAUGGAAUAAUACCCAAACGCAAGCAUCCAGCAAGGAAUAUGAGUAACUGAGCGGGACCCAAAGAGCUCUCCAAAACACAGCACUUUUCACAUUUGCUGCUCACUUCAUUUCGAGUUGUAAAAAACCAUAUUAAAUCGUCAAUAAAAGCGAACACGAGAAAAUAACGACAGAAAAAGAUGUGGAACAAGUGAUGAAGUACAAACAGUUAUUCAAAAUUAAAAAAAAUAAAGUAAAAAAAAAAUGCAUAAUUCAUUAUUGCAUUGUACUGGCUUAGACUUAAGGGGCCUUUGAGAUAUACAUGCAGAAAUGUAAAGAUCAAGGUACAAUCCCUUUUCUUCUGGUUUCUAGUCCUACAGUAACCUCAUAACCCAAAUCCCCCCAAGAUAAUACUGAACAACAAAAGUGUUCAAUUGCAGGCAAAAAAGUAGCUUAGUCUAGAACAAAUGUUAAAAUAAGAGCUUUGCGAGUCAGUGGACGGGUGUAAAAUGCAUGUGUGGAUGGACCGCUCUCAAUUAGGUCUUCCGGCCUUCAUAAUACAAUGGAACAAACCAACUCAGAGUCUCUGUAGUUUUGGCAUGUUUAUAAGCUUCAUGCACUGUAAAUGUACCCGAGAGAAAACACGUCAUAAAAAAGAACCAGGAGCACUUUAACAACGGAAAAGUCACAAUAAGAGCAAUGAGAACAAAGCCCUCGGCCAGGCUAAUUGCUUUUAUUUGUUCCCUUCAUAUGGCUCCGCCUUCUCUUCUGAAUAAAUUAACUGAAGUCAUCGCCGCCGUGACUUCAGCAGGUCUUGAAUGCGUGUGUACGAACAGGAUCACGUCUGGCUUAGAUUAAGCGAUCUCUGCCGGUCUGAAAGCGAUACAGGGGCACUUUUGGACCCGUACAGACAAGCGGAUCGGAGCUGACUAGCCGAUCGCAGUACAGCACACCCCGGGUGUUUAACCAAACACCAAAAACCCUGCGGCCUGAGAGGAUCGGAGCCCAGAAAGCAUUUUUCUGCUGGAUUAGAUGUCGCAGAGCACUGGAGGAGGUCAGUGGGAGCUAAUGGCAGUCAGAUGGGAUGCAGUUUCUCCGCUUUAAGCAGGCCGAUGGCCAGAUAACAAGCGUUGUCAUUCGUUACCCCAGAGGUCAAUCUUUAUGAGGUAGCGAGACAUUCCAUCCUUGCCGUGGUCUCACACGACCCUAAUGAAUGUCGUCACAUUACGACCCUUUUUCCUUAAUGACUCGUCCCUAGAUAUACGGACUGCCGCGGUGAGCUCUUGCUUUAAUGACUGAAAGGUCACAACUGGGGUCUGGAAAGAAAUAUAACCGUGUCAUUGCGUUCGUGACUGUGACACUAAAAGACAUAAAUGCUUUGUUGAAUAAGAAUCUUUCUCUACAGUGUACAGUGACAAAUGCACUUACUUUUCUGCUAAAUAUAAGCCUAAAAACGUGUCUUUUAAAGGAAAAACCAAUCCCUAAAUCUACCAAUAGGACAAAAGAACAUCUCAUUACGUUAGUACACAAUUUUAUGAACUUUCAAGUUAGGAAAAAUAAAUAAAUAAAUAAGAGUAAAUUAAAAAUCUCUUUAAGGGCAAGUUAUUGCAAAUCAACCUCAUGAUAUGAUACAAGUCAUGAUUCAAUAUUUCACAAUGCAUUAGGGGAAAAAAUCUGAAACAAGAAGGGUUUUAUUCUCUCUCCUUAUUUUCUCUUAAGUCAUUUUAGUGAAUCUGUUCAUUUAGAUGGUUGAUUUUAAAUUAUACCUACUGAUUCAACUCACCAUUCAUGUUCAGAAGAGCCAUCAUCACUACAUUUUCACAUAGCCAUACUGUGUUCUAUGACUCUAAUAUUUCACUCACCUCAUAGUUUGACUCCUAAACCAAUUUCUUAGUCAAGUUAUUUACAAUUACCAAGCAAAUCAGUUCAAACCAAAUGAUCUGAUUUAAAAGAAUGAUUCAUUUGCAAAAGAAGCAAGCACACAAAUGUCUGAGACUUCACAGUGACACUUUCAUAGCGAAGCCUUUGUUCGCCUCUUUAUGAAGACACAUCUUUGCAGAAGUGCAACUGAUACUUUUUAGUCUGGGGAGUGAAUAUGUCUGACUAGUGACUGGUAAAGCCAUUCAACUUCAAAAUUGGUUUCAAGAAGGAAAAAAGACAUCUUUAAGGUUUUAUUCCAAGUGCCCUAAAAAAACUGAAAAGAGGAGGAAAAGUCCAUUCAGAACCGGAUAAACGUACAUGUUUCGACAUGCGGAAAACAUUAUUUCAAUACAAUUGUGUUAAAAACUCAACUAGUGAUUUACUGCUGCUAGUUAAACCAGGUCAAAAUUCCUUUUUACAAGAAUAAAAUUAAAGAGUGCUCUCCCACUCAGAGGAAUAUAAAUCUCUUCGCUCACAGCAGCCAUUAACAAAACCAUUUACAUUAAUGAAAACAUGAAACAAAGGCUUCGUGCCUCAACAGACUGGGAACGUUUUCCAUCUUAAAUUUAAGGAGGACGCAAGUUUCAGGUGUUAAGUGUUACGUUCCUGUUCUUCAUGAUGAUGGGCUGCAAAUGACCGCUUGGGGAAUGAAUUAAUUAAUCAAUUCCCCUUAAAAAAGGAAAAGACUGUAUAGUCUAGCUCAAAAAGUACAUAUCGCUACUAUUAACAACAAAUAAUGAAUUAAAAAUGGAGCCAAAAAGAACGGAAGCAAGUGUUUGAGAGGAUCCGCCUCUCCUGUGGUCUCGACCACGAGCAAACGCCGGAAAUCAGAUAUCCUGUCUGGCCUUUAACUCGCAUCGCUUAUUAAUGAGGCUGCGGUUCGAAGAAACUAAAAAUGAGAUGGCAUUAAUAUGGAUUUACCACGUCCUCAAAAUUUCUUUUUCAUCAUCUCCAUCUCAAGCCGUCAUUCGCAGAGAAAUGCUACGAAAACCACAUCGUUAUGCCGCCAGACUAGACUUGAGUUCAUGUCAAAAAUAUGAAAUCUAGAGAAAAUGAAGGGGGAAAAAUGACAAGCCACCAUUCAUAUCUUCAUAUUUUCCAGAGGGUAAAUAGGAGCUGAAUUUAUAAUGACAUCAAGGAGUACACUUUUAAUCCAUCAAAUGGUUGCGUUGUAUGGAAACGUAUUUUGUUUUUGUUUUUACCUCCUGCCACUUUACACUUCACCUAUACAACAGAAAUAAAACAUUAGGAUGAGAAAAGGCCUGAACUUGAAUAAAUACCAUGCUGGUCUUGUGCAAUUUUCCCUCAACGAAACCUGUAAGGAUGGUAAAGUCAAGUUGAUAUGUUUUGGGAACAAUAUUUUUAAAGACUUGCAGCUAUAAAGUUACAAAAGCGUGACAGAACAUAUAAUAAGUUCAGACAACCUUUUCAAACUUCCAUAGUUAUGCUAAGCAAGACCAUAUACAUUUCCUCAAAGUUAUUCUCAGAACAAGAAAAAAAAAAAACACAACAUGAGCAAAAUCUGUCUCUCAGAGGUAUCAUCUUCAUUUCAUCAUAAAUAGGUGACUGGUGGUAAUGACUAAGAGAAGAACAGGUGCUACGAUCUGAGUUAUGCUUCAGUUAGAUGAUGUUAUAUUGCUAUUUCCCUUCCGUGACUAAACCGGUCCAGGCAAUGUACUGAAGUGUAAGAUAACCCACUCAUCUUCACGGACAACACAGUUUAUCAAACUACCGGACAGUCACUGACUCAGAGUGGAAGACAAACCACAGGAAUAUAGACUCACUGGAAAAGACCGGCCCUGAGGAAGAUCAGACUCUGACACAAGGGUCUCUGUAAAACCACCACUGAGGUAAGGUAAAUGGUAACAGAGUUCAGGGGGAGGAGAGCAGAAUGGGUGAAAGAAUGACCCAAACCUUACAGAUCUACAGUUGAAGCCCUGGAGUCUUAUAGUCCCUCUAGGAAGCAGUAUAACUGUAAAUGAAGGGUGAAAGGAAGAGGCAGCGGGUAAAUAAAGAUAGAAGAGUAAAUGGUGUCAAAACAAAAACAGCAAGCAAGCAAACAAGGUGGCAAGGAUGAAAGCAAGAAAUUAGGAAAAUUUCUAAAAAAGAAAGAAAUAUAAAAGAAAAAAAUAAAGAAUUAUUUAAAUUCAGUAAAUGACGAAAGCAAAAAAAGAGUAAAUGAAAAAGAUGAAGAAAGGUUAAUUGGAAUUUUAAAUCAGUUAGGAAGGAAGGAGGGAGAAAGAAAAAAAGAAAUAAAGAAUAAAGCGAGCAAAGAAAUAAAAAUCUUCAACCAAGAAAGUGAGCAAGCAGAGGGAAAAUGUGACCCGAAAAAAGGAUUGUUGUCAGAUAGGAACCAAGCAAAUGAGUAUGAAAGAAAGCAAGAAACGAUUUCAAACCACUAAAGCAAGCAAGCAGAAAAAAAGAAAAAAGAAAGGCCAUUAUUAACUGGGAGUUAAAAAAGCUGAAGUUGAUAGCUGUAUAGAACCACUUUGCUCCCUGCCUGAGCCGCCAGCUGGUGUAUUUGCAUAAGCAGUAAAAGAGAGGGAUGGACAGAGGGAGAGAGAGAACGAGAGAGUGAGGGAGUGAGAGAGGGAGGAAUCAUACCAGGCACUCCCACAACCUAUAAAGCACAACCAUACUGAAACACUCAGUGAAACCACACGUGGGUCUCUGCUCAGGGGGGAGAGCCAGCGCUGCACAGAGACUGAGAGCCGCAGGAGAAGUGUGCAUGUGUGUGUGAGGAAUCAAGACGUGGAUUUCAGCUCAGAUGGGAUGUGAGUGAGGACAAACGAUAAGUUCAACCCUUCAGGAUCAAUUCUCCAAGUCUUGAAGGCAAAGAAAAACUAAUUUCAAAUGGUCCGUAGUGGCAAAGAAAUGUAAUACCAGAGUGCAACUGUACUAGAGGACUAUCCAAAGAGCAAACAAGUGCAGGAUUGGUUCUGAAGCUAAGAGAUCCAUGCAUUAAGAACUCUAGAGUCUUACAAGCAAAAUUUGAGAUCCGUGUGGAGAGGUUUGGAGGUUUCUGCAAUGUCUUUCGCAAUGGUACGACCGGCUCCCAGCCGAUACCUGUAUUCGGAGAUCUCAAUGAUGUCAGAGGACGAUGAAAAUGGCAGCGAGAGCUCAGGCUCGGACGACCGCUCUUUUCGCUUGGACACCUCAGGGUACGACAUUAAAGUUGGAAGAAAGCGGAAACCUGGCAUAGGAGGUGGUGGACGGCUGAUAGGGUCACCAAGCAACUGCACGGGCACAAUGGGUCCAUUGCCAGAGGGCCGUCAACGCAAUGCAGCCAAUGCACGGGAGCGGGAUCGCACCAACAGUGUCAACACGGCCUUCACCGCGUUGAGAACUCUGAUCCCCACAGAGCCUGCUGACCGGAAGCUGUCCAAGAUCGAGACCUUGCGGUUGGCAUCCAGUUACAUAUCCCACCUUGGAAAUGUGCUCCUGGUGGGUGAAGCGUGCGGGGACGGACAGCCGUGCCACAGCGGAGGACCCUCGACUUCAAACUUCUACCACCACCAUGGUUCGCCAAACCAGGACUCGGAGAACUCGCAGCCCAAACAGAUCUGCACGUUUUGCCUCAGCAACCAGAGGAAAAUGAGCAAAGACAGAGAGAGGAAAUCAGCCCUGAGGAGUUAAGCCACGACGAGAAUGGAUUUACUAAACAUCAUCACCAAUGUACAAAAGCUGUUGACUGCAAAAUGCAAUGUUGUGGUGUAUAUAUGCAAAUAUCAAUUCAUAUUUAAUUAUUUGUAAAUCGUUGUUGGACAUUUUAUUGGAGAAAAAAAAAAACACAUGUAUGACUGGAAAAAGACCAGACUGCAGCAACUUGGUUAUCAAAGAGCUGAACAUCCCGCCACAGCCUUCAUCCAUUUCCACCUUUUCGGUUCAUUUACACACCAAGCUCCACCAAAUGUUUAUUUUUGGCCACAGGGAGCUGAGGUAAAGCUAUUUACCAAAGACUAUCUGUACAAGAGGACGGCAUUCGCAAAGCUGCAAAUGAUCACAUGACUUCCCCAGGAGACACAACAUACGGAGCCCAGCUUUGCCAAUCAAAACAAUAAAGGAACAUAUUCCUAUAUUCAAUCAAAGAGGACCUUGGGAAAGUGCUCAUAUUGAGGACAUGAAUGAAUACAAACUGAUGUUUGGCACGUUAUUUCUAACAAAAACACGAAAGACACUUAGCCUGACUAUGAAAAUGCAAUAAAUUCAUUAAAUGCAGUAUACUGUAUGUCUAAUAUGGCAAAUGACAUAUAUUCUUCAUUGUUUAAAUUAAAAAUGACUAAGCAAACAGCUUGAAAACCACCUGCGUUUCUUUCUAGUAUGUCUCAACAUCAUGCCACAAAGACGUUUGGAUAUCUUUGUUAUCCAGCCGUCCUGUAAUUUAGCCAAAACCUCAAAACAGCUACAAAAACAGUCCCUCCAGAUAAAGAUCAACACUUUCAUUUGAUCAUCUCUGUAGAUCAUCUUUCAUCACGAGUCCUUGAAGACUAAAUAUUUAAUUUUACAUUCUCUUUCUGUGUUUGAUUAGGCUAAGAAAUACAAACACAUCUAGAGACACUUACAUAGUCUUAUAUUUCACAAACUCAGACAUGAUACUUCAAGAUUUAUUCAACGUUAUCAACUAAUACUGGCAAGAACAGUUGUUUAUGAUCUAUUCCAGUGAUUCUCAACAUUUCUGCCUCUUGAUUUUCUGGACAUAAUUGUACAAAUAUUUUAAAAAUUUUAUAUUCACAAUUUCUACCUUAUAAAAGACUUUAGAGCUUAUAAAUACUCUCUUUCUUUC